AUGUCGAAAAGACUGGGCUCGACGAUACUUGAUCGCGUCUUGAAACGCCAGAAGUCCACGGGCCGAGAAUCGAGCUCGGAGACGGCGCCCGAAAUCGCGGAUCCCACAACCAGGUCAGGCACAAGCUCUGUAGCGCAACAGACGGUUGACUUGUAUUCCACGGAAGGAGACACCGGAAUAAGGGUCAUAGCUGAUCCAACUGAUGCUGCUCUUGAUAUCGUUUUCGUUCAUGGCCUCACUGGCAAUCGCGACAAGACAUGGACCCACCCGAACCGAGCCUUCUGGCCGCAAGAGUUGGCACAGGAUAUACCAACCGCACGCAUCAUGGCCUUCGGCUACAGAUAUCGCUAUAUCGGGGAUCGUUAUAGCGAGUUUCUACUGUACGAUGCCGAUGUUGUCAAAUUGUGGGGCAUGGCCGGGGGUAACAAUCUCAGGAAUCAUGGGAAGAACUUGGCGUCUGAUGUAUCGGAUCAACGAAGAGGACACAGGGGGCGGCCCAUCAUUUUCAUCGCCCACAGCCUAGGCGGUCUAGUCUGCGAACAAGCGCUCUUGAUCUGUGGAGAAGGCGAGCCAAACCUCAAGAAACUCUUCCAAUCUACGCGGGGGAUCAUAUUCAUGGGCACGCCCCAUGGCGGCGCAGACUUGGCAAGUUGGGGGCAUACGCUUGCGGAGUACCUAAAAGUCGUCCGCCAUACAAAUCCAGCGAUUGUAGGAGUCCUUCAGCGGAAGUCGGAGGUGUUGACUGCUGUGCAACAGCAAUUUCAGCAAUCUCUUCUCAAACCUGAUAUUCAAAUCAGAAUAUACUGCUUCUUCGAGGAGAAACCUGUUGUCGGCGUGGGGAUUAUUGUUUCAGAGCAGUCGGCGGUACUGAACCAGUACCCUAAUCAGAGUAUUGGUGCAAAUCAUAUGGACAUGACAAAAUUUAGUAGGAGGAACGACGUGGGCUAUCAAAGGGUCUUAAACAGGUUGCAUGACUUGGUGGAAUUAAUGGAUUCAACCCCAGCAACCGACACAAGUCAAAGGGAGCCUUUGAGUGAGAGUGGCCAGAAUGCAGCACAAGUUGGUAGUCUCGAACCCCCUGGUAGUGUUCCUGAGCGAGGAGUUCCUCCAACCCAGGCAAUCAGCAGCACUGGCUCUGGAACAGCAAUCGGAAUUGGGAGUCAAAAUGUGUAUGGGGGGUUCAAUGUCACAAGUAGGUGA